UACAAGGUCAAAACUUUAACUUCAGCUCCUACCAGGCACCAGCAGAAUCAACAUCUCUUGUUUAAACUUGCAAUUUUUACUCCGCAUCUAUUUACAGGACAGCAGAAUGCUUCUUAAUUCUAUUAAAAAACUGUACCAGAGCAGAAUGUUUCAUGAUGGUAUUAGAAAACUGUACCAGGUCUUGCCUGCGUCAGACAAACACCUGUUUAGAUGAGCAAUGCUCUCAUUUUCUCUCAUUGUUGACAUGCAUAAUGCAGUAUUCCUUAUGGCCAAAAUUAAGGGUGGGCAAAAUGCCAGUUAUCAUUUCGAGGAAAGAAGGAAUGCUUUUGAUUUAUCCCGUUAUGUUUAGUAAUGUUUGCAUCACUGAUUUAAGUUAUUUUGGCUGGAGCGCGAUUGGAUAAUCCGGUGGUAAAGGAUUAUCUUAUCCUCUAUUGUCCGUGGUCCUGUGUGUGAACAAGCAGUUUCCUUUAAGUUAUAAAACAUUGUGAUAUCAGAUUGGAUAGCAUCGGAUUGUCACCUCCUGUGAGUAUGUGGGCGAUGCAAGGUGUUGUUUUCUGCUGGUAUACAUGACGAAGUCAUUCACGGCUCCAGACAGUUUUUCAUGAUCAACGGAUUGCAUAUGAUGAGUCAAAAGUUUAUUACUAGUAUUCAAAGAACAAACGAAAUUAAGAGAGUCAAAAGUAGCAGUUUCUGUCAAGAUAAAGGAUAAGACUUUUCAUGGCGGCUUGGUACCCCAUGGUGAUGAAUUUUCAACACCUUAGUAUAUCCCUUGGGCCAUACGUAUACUUGGGAUUCUUGGAGUGAUCAACUUGUAUUCUUACUACAGGGCUUUUAUGUACCUGGCAAGUAAAUUACUCCUACAAAGCCCAGCAGUUUCCCAGUGCUACUGAACAAUUUUACUCACUGUCAAACUUGAUGCCUGCAGAAAUGGAUUCACAGUCACAGCAGCUUCACUUUGUUAUGAUCCCUUUAUUGUGUCCAGGCCACAUUAUUCCACUGAUAGACAUGGCUAUUCUGCUGGCCCAACGCGAUGUUAUUGUCACCAUUUUCACCACCCCUCACAAUGCUGUGCGUUUUGGCUCUGCCAUAAAUCGGGCAAUUGAGUCGGGGCUGCAAAUUCGCCUUCUUCAAGUUCGAUUUCCUUCUGUGGAAGUUGGGUUGCCCGAGGGAUGUGAAAGCCUCGACGAACUGCCCUCGUAUAAAGAUAUGUCUGUAAACUUCUUUUCUGCAGUACAAAUGCUACAAGAACAGGUGGAAAAGCUUCUUGCAGAGGUGAGGCCUAGUCCGAGCUGCAUAUUGUCGGAUAAGCAUGUGUUCUGGACAGCAAAAACUGCAGAAAAGUUUCGGAUUCCCUGGAUUAUAUUUGAUGGAAUGAGUUGUUUCACACAGUUAUGCACAGAGUUGCUGCACACUUCAAAAGUGCAUGAGAGUGUUUCUGAUUCGGACCCCUUCAUCGUUCCUGGCUUGCCUGAUCGUAUUGAAUUUACCAAACUUCAGCUGCCAGGCUUAUUCAAUACAGGUUCGGAUCCCACUUCUAUGACCAAUCUUCACAAAAAAAUAAGAGAAACUGAAGUAGGAGCAUAUGGGGUUGUGAUCAACAGCUUUGAGGAGCUGGAGAAGAAUUAUGUUAGCGAGUUUAAAAAUUUAAGAUAUGAUAAAGUCUGGUGUAUUGGUCCUUUAUCUUUAUGCAACAAAAAUAACUUGGACAUGGCUCAAAGAGGAAACAAAGCUACCAUUGAUCAAACCAAAUGCUUGAAAUGGCUUGAUAUUCAAGAACCAGGCUCUGUAAUCUAUGCAUGCCUUGGAAGCCUGAGUAGUCUUGCCCGCGAGCAGCUGAUUGAGCUUGCCUUGGGCUUGGAGGCAUCAGGACAUCCAUUUGUAUGGGUGGUCAGAGCUGGAAACAAACAAGAAGAGAUAGAGCAAUGGAUAGUGGAAGAUGGAUUUGAGGAAAGAGUCAGAGGGAGAGGCCUUUUGCUCCGAGGCUGGGCGCCCCAACUUCUGAUAUUGUCACACUCUGCAAUUGGCGGAUUCUUGACACAUUGUGGCUGGAACUCGAUGAUUGAAGGGAUAUGUGCUGGAGUUCCCCUGAUCACAUGGCCAUUGUUCGCGGAACAAUUUUUUAACGAGAAGUUAGUGGUGCAAGUAGUAGAGACUGGAGUGAGUGUUGGGAGUAAGAGUGUUGUGCAGUUGGGUGAGGAAGAGAAGGCUGAAGUGAAUGUGAAGAGAGAAGAUGUUGAAAGGGCUGUAAAGUGUGUAAUGUCUCAAGGAGAAGAGGGUGAGAAUAGAAGGAGAAAAGCAAAGGAGUUUGGAGAGAAAGCAAGUAAAGCAGUUGGAGAAGGUGGAUCUUCUCACUUCGACGUGACAUUGCUAAUUCAGGACAUUAUGAAUCAUAGGCUACAAGCUCAGCUAUAUGAAACAAGAAAAUGAUCAUGGUCUGGCUAACCUGUUGUGAAUUGUAUUCGAUUGAUGUUAAAAGAUUAUAAUGUAUUAAUAAAUAGUUUGAAUUUUUUUUUUUUUUUUGAAACCAAAUAGUUUGAAAUUUUAAAUUUUGUUUUUAAUUUAAAUUCUAAAUUAAGUAUGA